AUGCUCAAGACACCAACCGUACAAGAGGAAGCUAUAAAGAUGGUGAAAAAUAAGGUAGUACAAGUGUACCCCGAUACUUUCAACAGUGAUGACGGACCCGAGACCGUUAUUUGCCUGGAGAAAUACAUCAAAUACUACCAUACAUAUAUGCGUAGCAAGAAAAACUCCAGGGCUCCACAACAGAGGAAAUCCAGAAGCUAUUCAAACCCACCAACUGGGCAGCCAUAUGUAUUGUUACCCAAUUCUAUUGAGAGAAAUUCGCGUUCUGUCGUUCCAAAUGCGCCUCAGACCGAAAACUCGUUGGUGCCUAGACCUGUUUUAGGAUUGUCCCCGGCCUUUGUGGAGAUGCCAAGUUCCAAAAUUCCAGCGCCUAUCACAACACGUAAAAUCAAGUUCGUCAGCGACGAGAAAAAAACGAUGCCAACCUUAUAUAAUUCUUAUGCGGUCACUUCACCCCCACAAUCGCUACCCGACUCAUCACACUUGGGGAUUUCCCAGCCGUCAUCCAGGUCGAGUCAUGGCCACCAAAUCAGCCGGAUCCACGUUUUUCUUGACUCAUGUAUCCCUUCGAUGUCAAGAUAUUUGCAGCGCUUUAUAGAUUUUGGAAUAGACACUCAGGAGCACCUACUUGCGAUAUCUAUGUGGACAGACGAGGAAAUCGACUUGCUCCUGAAGACCAGGCUUCCACUUGGACCCGAAGAUGCGUCCAUGUCCGAUAUGAACGUGCUAUGCCUUCGUCGUCAUUUCAGGACCUACUUUUUUGGCUGA